AUGGAGCAACCGCAGAAGAGAAGCUUCCUGCGCGGCCUGUUGCGCAGGGCCAGUCACGUCCGGGCGGCAGCGAAGAAGACAGAAGCUAGGAGGGUGAGUCUUGGAGACUUGGGAAUUAGAAGAGAGAGGAGGCGCUCCGUAUCGGGCUCAGAUACCCAUAUACCCAAGCAGCGAGCGCGGGUGAGGUCAGACCCCGCGCCUGAGCCAUCGCUGGACCAAGACUGGGAGACUGAGCCGGAAUUUUCCAAGGCGAAUAACAGCAAAGGGAAGCUGUCUCUUGACUCUAGUAGUAGUAGCAGCAGCAGCAGCCACAGAACCCCGUCGCCAGAGCCUUUGACGCAAUGGCCACCCAGCGGGAUACGGUCAAACCAAGAACUCACAAGUCAGGAAGCCACGCAGUUGAUAUGCCGUGGGGUGCCGUUGUAUCAAGGCUGCAAACGGCAGGUUCCUCACGCUUCAGAGGACUACUUCGCCUUGUAUGCCACGACAACGGAGAGUCGAGCUAAGGGGACGGAUGCCAUUGAUUUACACGAUGCCAUGGUGCACUUGAUGACGAUCAAGCUUCAGUCCACGGACGCCGCCGCGAACCCUUGGGAGAGUCUCGAACAGCCGAGCUAUGGUUUUCACUACGGUGAACACGAGGGUUCGAUUACACUGAACCGAUGGGUUUCUACGGCGAGUGUGUUUCCCCCAUCCAUUAGACUGAAGGAUGCGGGAGUUAUGCCUCGGCCCAUGUCACUGGAACGCAUCCUCGAUCGAGUCCAGGAGCUUCAAGCGGGGCUUGAGGAAGACGACCCAGCUCUCAUGUAUAAGAUUCUUUAUAGGCGCCUUCUUCGGGAUCCGGACAGAAUAUUGGCCCCUCACAAAACAUUGGAUAAGCAAAUUACGGAUCUGAUCAUGGCCCUUUCACGGCCAAGCUGGUUCGACUUUAGCAACCCCAAGAACCAAGUGGUGACGAGAUUCAUCUUCGACAAUGGGCAGGACAAUUUCGAGAUUCAGUUCCAAAAAUUCUUCCAUCAGCUGUUAUUGGCCCUGGAGCUCGAGAUGAGGAUACAGUCGCCGCAGCAUGGUGCCUGGGCCAAGGAAAAGCUUCUGGAAACGAUCCCCCAGUCCAUUAAAUGGACUCUGGCUUUGGCUCGUCGAUGGAGGCUGUAUGUUCGCGUGGAGGAUUUUGGAAGAUUCCCCCAUCAGAUCAAACUUCGAUAUAAAUUGAAGAAGCGGCAGGUCAGGCUCUUGAGGCGAUUCGCACAGACAAUGAAAUGGCCAAACUUGGCCGACACCAUGGAGCAGCUGAAACAGAAAGAUUCGGACUUCGCUUUGGAUAAGAUCAGUUCCGAUGCGUUUGCCUUUUUCAGCGGGCUUGUUUUACCAGGGAUCACAUUCCCGUUUUUAAUAAUGAACACACUUCUUGAUCUAGAUCCCGACCCAGCCACCGAUGAGCUAGCACUACUUAGGCACAUGCAUCCGGAGUGUGGGUUCCAGUACCGAAGUAGCUACACGUAUUGGACUGCUUGCUCUAUCGUGGGCAAAGUCCUGGCCCCGACAUGCAACUCACUGGCAGGCUGGGUGGGGCCGGCGCGGACGACGACAGACCUGAAUCCUUCCCAGAUUGCCCGGAUCCGGACCAGACAGCCAAAACAAAAGCUGCGGUUGGAGGAUGUGGACUCGAUGGCCGAGCGCUCGGAGCCUCUGGGGCCGCCCGCGGAUUCCUACCCAGCUGCAGACUACGUGCUUGAUAUCCCAAACACGGAUGCUGUGGUCGACACUGUAAGGGUUGAGAUGCUGGGGUUGCGUGCUGCCGUUACUACUGUCAAGACGACUGAGAAGAACCCAGAGACGAGGAAAUUUGACGCAACGGUCCAGUUUGCCAUUGACGGAUUGUCCUGGCCACUGCGACUCAUGUAUGACGUGAAUUUCAUCUCAUCGUUUCCGUGCUCCGAUGGGCCGCACGCGUUAUUCUUUGACUAUGUCUAUCAGAGGAAACGAGUGGACGAGAUUGUUUCGAUCAAGGACUGGGGGGGAUUAUACGGAACAAACAAUCAACCGGGGGCCAACGGCACAUCCGGGGACGCCAACGACGAGGAGCGGGUGCUAGUGGCGGAGUGCUUUGGUGUCAGGGAUAACGAGGUGCUGGCACGAGCCUGGUGUGCCCAUUGGGGGCUGAGCGCCAUAGUUGCCGAUCUCCGCAGAACAUGCCUGGCUUGUGCCGUGAGAGAGGCGUAUGCGGCCACUCUGAAUGUUGUGAUACUCAUCCAGGGCCAAGAGGCUGAAGACGACUUAUGA